CGGUGCUUGUUUAGUCAAUAGAAGCACCAUGGAAGCUAAAAAAGGAGCCCUUCUUCCCCACCCUCUGCGUCUUAUCCCAAUAUUAUCAUUCACUGCUGUCAUGUGCUUUUUCGAUUUCUCCAUGGCCUUAGAGGGCUUCCCAUUUUGUAGAGAAAAUGAAAGAGUGGCCCUCUUGGAUUUCAAAGCUUCUCAUUCCAACCCAAAUGCUACAUUGAAGGUCCAAAUGGAUUCAUGGAAGGGGUUCAAUUGUUGUAAGUGGGAAGGAGUGGAGUGUCACAGUUCCUCUUCUCAUGUUGUGAGUCUCAGAGUAUAUAAGACACCUUGGAAGAUCAAUGGAUAUACAAACUCUGUAAUGCUGAAUGCCUCUUCCUUAACUAGACUCAGCCAGCUGCAACAUUUGGAACUGAGGUUCUUUGCUGGUGUGUUGCCCAUAAAAGAACUCUCAAAGCUAAAGAACCUGCGUGAGUUAAUCUUUGUUUCCAAUGAAUUUAGUGGAGGAAUUCCUGAGGAGGUGGGUUUGCUCUCUUCCCUUCAGAAACUUGUUCUAAAUGGGAAUCGGCUUCAAGGACCCAUCCCGGCAUCCUUUGGUGGCCUAACAUUUUUGGUUGAGCUGCGUUUGUCUUACAAUGAUCUCAAUGGAAGAAUUCCAGGGGAAGUGGGUUUGCUCUCUUCCCUUCAAAAGCUUUAUCUAGAUGGGAAUCGGCUUCAAGGACGCAUACCAUCAACUCUGGGUAACUUGUCCCGUCUCAACGUUCUACAACUAUAUGGGAAUCAACUUUCCGGUAGCAUACCGGAAUCUCUUGGCAGCCUAUUAUCAUUGGAACGGCUUGUACUCAGCGAAAAUAAACUUGAUGGGAGGAUACCAUCAACUCUGAUUAACUUGUCCCGUCUCAAUGGUCUACAACUAUAUGGGAAUCAACUUUCUGGUAGCAUACCAGAAUCUCUUGGCAGCCUAUUAUCAUUGGAAUGGCUUGACCUCGGCAACAAUAAACUUGAAGGGAGCAUACCGUUGUCUAUUGCCAACCUCACCCUCCUUAGAAGAUUAAGUCUUGAACAGAACAUGUUACAAGGAAACAUACCUUCUAUAUUUGGAUACCUCUCCUCUCUUGAAAAUCUUGUGCUUGGGAAAAACUACCUGCAAGGUUCUAUCCCACGCGAAUUAGGUAAGCUUUACACUUUGAGUUAUCUUCUUCUCAAUGAUAAUGACUUGUCAGGUGAUUUCUCUUUCACAAUCUUUGCAAAUGUUUCUAGCCUCAAAUAUGUCCACCUCUCUGCAAACCCUAAGCUAACCAUUUCCCACAACAACUUUACUCCUGCUUUCCAGCUUUAUAGUCUCAAGUUGUCAUCGUGUGACAUGAGAAGGUUCGACUUAAGUUCUCCAGGCUUCCUAUCGACUCAAAACCAGUUACUCACUGUCGAUCUCUCAAAGAGCAAAAUUAUUGGGAAUAUCCCCUCUUGGUUACUCGAAAACACUGGAGAACUGUUGUUGGAUGGGAAUUUGCUCACAGGAGUACAAUUUUUGCCUAACAUAUCUUACGACCUCAAUAAUUUGGAUAUCUCUAACAACCCAAUCAGUAGGAAUUUCCCAAGCAAUUUCUCUAGUUAUUUUCCAAAUUUGCAAUCACUUAAAAUGUCCCAGAAUUUCCUUAAUGAUGACUUAAUGUUUUACAUCAAUGGCUUUAAGCGAUUGAGAGUGUUGGAUUUGUCUAGCAACAAUAUCUCAGGAAAUUUGCCUUCCAUUUUCCCCUAUAACCUCAUAAUUCUGGACUUAUCAAACAACAAAAUCACUGGAGAAAUACCCCCCAAUUUGACCAGAGGACAUGACCUCAUGUUUUUGAGCCUGUCUAAGAACUCCUUGAGUGGACCCUUGCAAUCCAAACAUUUCAAAUUACCAAAUUUGGUAUCACUCCAUUUAGAUAACAAUGCAUUCAAUGGAACCAUACCGAGGAACUUGUUGCGGUGUAGUCCAUCUCUAACUGUUUUAAAUCUUGCGAAUAAUAAAUUAUAUGCUCCCAUGCCAAUUGAAUUAUUUGGGCUUUUGGAAAUGAAAGUGCUAAUCUUGCGAGGAAAUUUUUUCGAUCAUAUUCCACUCAAAUUGUGUCAAGUAAAAAGUUUGGCCGUCUUGGAUUUUUCCCAAAACAACCUUGAAGGUCCCAUACCUCCUUGCUUCAAUAAUUUUUCUGCAUGGACAAAUGCAUCCUUUAUUGGUUCCAUUUCAUCUCAUUAUGCCCCAUUUUGCCCCUUUUCUACCAAAUUUGGUUCUUAUUUUAGCCCUUACACAAUCUCACGAGAGAAGGUGGAAUUUACAAAGGGAAAUAUAUAUAGUUAUCUCGGGGAUGCUCUCAAGUACAUGACCGGUUUGGAUUUGUCGGAAAACAAAUUAAGUGGCCCUCUUCCAUUAGACAUGGGGCUUUUAAAAGAACUUGCCAUGUUGAAUCUCUCCAACAAUCUUCUAACAGGUCCAAUUCCCAAAUCCUUUGGAGGGUUAUUGGGUCUCUCAACAUUAGAUCUUUCUUACAAUACACUCUCUGGUGAAUUUCCUUCUCAAUUAACAAGACUUACCCAUUUGUCCAUCUUUUCUGUUGCAAAUAAUAAUCUAUCCGGUGAGAUACCUGACACAACGCAAUUCUGUACUUUCAAUGUGAGUUCUUUUAGUGGAAACCCAAACCUGAAUACACAAGGAAAGAGGUGUUCGACAACUCUGUCAUCAAAUGUGUCAACUGCAUCGAGCGAUAAUGAUGGUGAAGAUGAAGAUGAAGAUGAAGAUGAAGAUGAAGAGGAAGGGUGGGUGGAGAUGACACCUGCGUUCUAUGCUUUCAUUGCCUUGGGUUAUGCUAUUGGCAUAUGGGGAGCACUAGCCUUUCUUUUUUUCGGCAACAAGAGAGGACAUGCUUGUGUGAGGGCCAUGGACGCAAUAGUCUCCCGACUUUUUCGUGCAUUUUGCCAUAAACAUUAGUCAUUCGACUUCUUCUCCUGUUCACACACAAUAAUCCAAUGGGCAACAAUGUUACCAUGUGGCAUAAUUACUCUAUUGUAUUGUUGUAAGAUAUGUAAAGGUUCGGUCAAAAGGUCAUUUUUUAUUCAUUCCCAAAUUGCCCAUCGGAUUGAGGAUCUUCGGAAUGCUUGUUAUUUUUUAUUUUAACUUAUUUUUUUCUAAAGUAA